AAUUUCUCUCUAGAUGUCUUUUGGUUUUUGUACUGCUAGCACUUCUUCCCCUCUUUGAAGCGAAAGCGAGUUUGGCAACCUCUAACAAGCUCCUACAGGAACAGCUCGGUAGCGUUUAUGGUUGCAACAGAACCUUCUGUCUCUGGCCUUUGCUCUUUAUCUGGAAACGUAAUGAAACACGGAAAGCAGUACGACAAGGAGCUGAAAACACCAUCGCUUUGGGUUCUCUAACUUGGAGAAGACCGAGGAGUUCCACUUGGGUGGAUCCUUCCCUUCUUAAACGCGCUUGCUUCCUUCUCCUCAAAGAGGAUCUCUGAUGUUCUGUUGCUUUCCCGGGGAGUCCUCUGAAGCAUUUGGGUUCAUGGCAACCCUUUAAACCAAAAGCUAGAGAGAGAGAUUAGGUGUGCAACUUGACCCAGGCGAAAGGGGAAAAAGAAGAAGAAUCCUUUGCAUUUAAAUACCCAGUGAACACACACAGUACUCAAAGGCCCCUGGUUUGGAAGACAAUGACAAUGUGACCUUUUGUUACUGCCCACUCGUGAGUUUUCGCCCUCCUAAGAGGAAGAUCGUGGCAGAGAAUAGCACUGACGAAAGACACUGGGCUUGUUGAAUCCUGGGCUGCUGAUAUUUUGAAGGAAGCUUUUAUCCAGCUGUUGGGAGACCGCCUUUCACUUAGCUUCAGGAGAACCAAUUGCUCAGUGUGCAGAAAAUCCCAGGUUCCCUCUCUGAUAUCUUCAAUUAGAAGUCUUUCUGAUACAGGGUCAGGAAAUACCAGAACAGACAAUACUGGACUUAAUUGGACCAAUGGGCAUGAAAUAGCUUUCUAAAAUCAAUUGCAGUGGAUUAUGUUACUGCUAGAACUGAUUUUCAUAUACCUGAAGUUUCCUGGUGGUGUCUCCUGACAACAGCAUACACUCACAUCUUGAAAGGGUUGAGAAAGACGAGGUCUUCUGCUUUGCUUCUGGCAACUCUGGAAGCCAUGCUGGCUGAUUUGGGGCAACCGGAAGAUUCCUUGUCAGGAAGCAUAAACUGCCAGCAUUUCCUUUCCACAAAUGUCAUCACAGUAGUGGAAAAAUGUAUGAGUUCCAUGCAAGCUGGUACUCAGAUGAUCAAACUCCGAGGCAGUUCCAAAGGUCUUGUUCGCUUCUACUACCUGGACGAGCACAAGUCAUGCAUCCGCUGGAGGCCCUCGCGAAAGAACGAGAAAGCCAAAAUCUCUAUCGAUUCGAUCCAGGAGGUCUGUGAAGGAAAACAGUCGGAGAUCUUCCAGCGCUAUGCGGAUGGCAGUUUUGACCCCAACUGCUGCUUCAGUAUCUACUACGGAGACCACAUGGAGUCUCUUGACUUGGUGUCAUCCAGCGCAGGGGAAGCUCGGACGUGGAUCACUGGCCUGAAGUACUUGAUGGCUGGGAUUAGCGAUGAAGACAGCCUGUCAAAGCGUCAGAGGACUAGAGACCAGUGGUUGAAGCAAACCUUCGACGAAGCGGACAAAAAUGGCGAUGGCAGCCUGAGCAUCAACGAGGUGCUCCAGCUGAUGCAUAAGCUGAACGUCAACCUACCCCGGCAGAAAGUCAAGCAGAUGUUCAAGGAGGCAGACACAGAUGACAACCAAGGAACUUUGGACUUUGAAGAGUUCUGCGCCUUCUAUAAGAUGAUGUCGACCCGCCGGGACCUGUAUCUUCUCAUGCUCACCUACAGCAACCACAAGGACUAUUUGGAUGUGGAUGAUCUCAAACGCUUCCUUGAGACUGAGCAAAAGAUGAUUAAUGUGACCAAGGAUCAUUGCCUGGAGAUUAUCAAUCAAUUUGAACCAUGUCCAGAGAACAAGGAACAAGGAGCUCUUGGAAUUGACGGGUUCACCAACUACAUGCGCAGCCCGGCUGGGGAUAUCUUCAACCCAGAGCACUACCAAGUCAACCAGGACAUGACUUGCCCUUUGAGUCACUACUUCAUCACCUCCUCUCAUAACACCUACCUCAUGGGGGACCAGCUGAUGUCUCAGUCCAGGGUUGACAUGUACUCUUGGGUUCUGCAGUCUGGAUGUCGUUGCGUUGAAGUUGACUGCUGGGAUGGGCCAGACGGUGAGCCUAUCGUCCACCAUGGCUACACCCUCACCUCCAAGAUCCUUUUUAAAGAUGUGAUUGAGACCAUAAACAAAUAUGCCUUCGUCAAGAGCGAGUACCCUGUCAUUUUGUCAAUCGAGAACCACUGCAGCGUGGGGCAGCAGAAGAAGAUGGCCCAGUAUCUUAUUGAAAUCCUGGGGGACAAACUGGACCUGUCUUCCGUGAGCAAUGAAGAUCCCACAAAACUGCCUUCCCCAGAAAGUCUGAAAGGGAAAAUAUUGGUCAAGGGGAAGAAACUUCCAGCUAACAUUAGCGAAGAUGUAGAGGAAGGAGAAGUGUCUGAUGAGGACAGCGCCGAUGAGAUGGAAGAUGACUGUAAACUGAUGAAUGGAGACUGGAAGGCCUCGACCAAUCGGAAGCGAGUGGAGAACAUCGCAAAGAAGAAGCUGGACUCUCUGAUCAAGGAAUCCAAAAUCCGCGACUGCGAAGACCCAAAUAAUUUCACAGUGACCACCAUGACGCCCUCUGGGAAACUUGGCAACAAGCAUGAUUUCAAGAAGAACAAACAUGAGGAGGAUGUGGAAUCCGGGGAGGAUGCUGUCAUCAACAAACGCCACAACCGAUCGCUGAUGGGGAGUUUUUCCAAGCGCAAGAAAAAAGGAAGCAAACUGAAAAGGGCAUCAAGUCUGGAAGAGGGUGAGGAUGACCUUGACUGUCAAGGGAACUUAGCCAGAGGCUCGGUACAUUACAGCAAAACAAACCGACAGAAGAAAACCAUGAAAUUAUCCCGAGCGCUCUCCGACCUGGUGAAAUACACUAAAUCCGUUGGGAUCCAUGACGUAGAAUCUGAAGUCUCCUCCAGUUGGCAAGUCUCCUCUUUCAGCGAAACGAAAGCUCACCAGAUCCUCCAGCAAAAGCCGGCCCAGUACCUGCGCUUCAACCAACACCAGCUGUCACGAAUCUACCCUUCCUCCUAUCGCGUGGACUCCAGUAAUUACAACCCUCAGCCCUUCUGGAAUGCUGGGUGCCAAUUGGUUGCUCUAAACUACCAGUCAGAGGGGAGAAUGCUUCAGUUGAACCGAGCCAAGUUCAGUGCCAAUGGAAACUGUGGCUACGUCCUCAAACCCAAGUGUAUGUGUCAAGGGAUCUUCAACCCAAAUUCCGAAGACCCACUGCUUGGCCAGAUGAAGAAGCAGCUCGUGUUGCGAAUCAUCAGCGGGCAGCAGCUUCCCAAGCCCAAGGACUCCAUGCUGGGAGACAGAGGAGAGAUAAUAGAUCCAUUUGUGGAAGUGGAAGUAAUCGGAUUGCCUGUGGACUGCUGUAAAGAGCAGACAAGAGUCGUGGAUGACAAUGGUUUCAAUCCAAUGUGGGAAGAAACUCUGGUGUUCCCUAUUUGCAUGCCAGAAAUCGCCCUGAUUCGGUUCUUGGUGUGGGAUCAUGACCCAAUCGGGAGGGAUUUCAUCGGACAGAGGACAAUAUCGUUUACAAGCAUGAUGCCAGGCUAUCGGCAUGUCUACCUGGAAGGCAUGGAGGAGGCGUCCAUCUUUGUUCACGUAGCUAUCAAUGAGAUAUGUGGUAAGGCCAAGCAAGCUCUGGGCUUAAAAGGCCUGUUUCUCAGAAAUCCAAAGCAGGCCUCUCUAGACAGUCAUGCUGCUGGCCAACUCAACCGCAAACACUCCUUUAGCAGCCACAUUUUACGGCGGACUGCCAGCGCGCCCACCAAGACCCAGAAGAAAACCAAAAAGGGCUUCCCCGAGAUUGCAAUCGACACCAAAGACCACGGCGGCUCCCAAGGGGACGGCGAGGACCGCGAACUGGAGGACGACUCCUCCCUCCCUCGUUUCGACCAAGAGCCCGAAUGCGGGUCCCCGGCACCCUCUCUCGGAGACGGUGUCCACAGGGAGGCUCAAGGCAAAGGGUUGAAAGAUGUCCGCCAAUUCUCAAUGCAGAGGUCAGUCACUUCAUUAUGUAGCCUGGAGACCAUCAAUGAAGAGCCCUUUGUUGCCAACGAGGACCAGCCUGCUCCUUUUUGCCUUUCUCUGCCCACUGUUCCUGCUAGCGAUCCCAAUGAAGGGUCUGUGCCUGAUAAUUCCCAUGACCCGUCAGAUCAGCUUCAGAGAGUUCCUCUUCUGCAGCGCACGGUGGUGGUUUCAGAGGACAGAAGGUUCCUUGCUCCCAGCCCAACCAUCACAAGUAUUCUGGGACCAAAAAAUGUUAGGAGAAACGAGAAACAAGGAGGCGAUGGAGGUCAAGCUGGUUCACAAACUCAGGAUGAUGAAGCAUUGGCCAACCUUGGGCCUCAUUCUACCCAUAGUUGCCAGAAGACAAGAGAUGGCAUGGCUGAAGAACUGAUGGAUGUUGAGAGAGUGGACGAGAAGGCCAGCAAUGCAGCUAGGCAGCCGCAACAAUGCAACGUGGAGAGCACCACGCUAGCUUCACCUCAAGAUUCUCCCCAAGUAACUCAAGGUGCCGCAGUCCCCCACGCAUCUCGUGUGAUAGUGAGGAGGUCGAAAAGCGAAGGGCAGAACCUUUGUGACUGCUCAGUUCCAAUGAGGUCUCCUGGUGGCUUCUCACCAGCAGCUGCAGUGUACUCUGAUGCCACAGUGAAUGACCGUAUCUGGAGCAAGCUGGACUCCAGCAGUCACAGGGACAGCAUGUCUUCCUCUUCUAGCAUGUCCUCCAAUGAUACGGUCAUAGACCUCUCUAUGCCCAACCUCACCCGCAAAAGCCUCCCAGACCUUGGAAUCCAGCACGAGAACUUCAAAGUCAUCCCCGAGAGGAGAGGUGCACGCCCGUGGUCCGCGAGUGCCGCUUCCGGGCGUGAAAUGCCCAUGGUGACCAAGAGCAAAUCCAAUCCCAACUUGAGGUCAGGCCAACCCACAGAGGAUGAGCUGCGCCCUAGACCACUGGCCAAGGGUCUCGAGCUAGGGUUGCCAUCCCUACCCAGAAGGCACACCUGGAGCCGGUUGUAUAUGGAGAGCCUCAAGCAGUCCUGCCUGAAGCCGAAAGGCCAGGAGAACGACCAGGCCAAAUCGAAAAGCCUUGGUGACCUGACCUCGGAUGACAUCACGUCCGUCUUCGAGGGCAAGUACCGCAGCAUCAGCCGGAGCUUCAUCACCCGGUCGAUGAGGGAGCAGCGGCACUGUGCGGCAGCCAGGUCCUCGGCAAAGCCCCUGGACCCUCUCACGGAGCGCCUGAAGAAGCUAACCACCUUCCAGCAGGAGAACGACAUCACUUCCCCUACCAGCCUUGAGCCAAUUGAGUCCGAGGAGGAAGAGGAAGGGGUGGGCCUUCUCCGGAGGUCUUCAUCCAGGAGCCAGAGCAGAGUGAGGUAUAUCGCCAACCGGGCCAAGCAGGCACAGGAGAGGCAGAGGCUGAAGAGCCUGGCGCUGAACAAGGGGAGCCCCAUUGAGGAGCGAGGGAACCCCGAAGGGGCCUGCUGCUUCACCAAAGGGGCCUGUAUGGACACGGCCUCCGCUGGCCUGUUUACAUCCCCACUCAAGAACCAAGCUGACUUGAACCGUGACACCGAAGUCGUCUUUAUUUUCAAACUCUAACGCUGGGAAGGGCUGAACAAGCUUGAUGUUUACAUUCCUGUAAGAGCAAAACCAACAAAACAAACAAACAAACAAACCAUACACACACAUAUAUAUAUUUUUAAUAAAACGCACAGGACGCAAAGAGCCCUCGUCCAAGGAUAGCACUUCUCCCCCUCCCGCUCCCAGCCUCCAAAGGACAAUUUAUGUGUGUGGAAAAUUAUACUAAUACUAAUACUAAUAAUGCAAAUUUGUAGCAUGCAAUAUGGGCAAUGGGCAACCAGAAUGUUCCUGGGGGAAGGGAAUAGAUCCUGCAAAGAUGUCCCCCCCCCAUCUUCCCUGGGAAACAUGUCUGUGGACCUGCAUGACCAUUCUCUCUUCCUGUCUGAGUUCCCCCUUUUUCUUUUCUUCGUAAGGCGAGUCUUCAAUAUGCGUUGGACUUAAAGCUGAUGCCAGUUGCUGCCUUAAUCUUCCCACUGAAGCUACUACAACAGGGUUGGGGGAACUCUAUUCAACCCAAGGGCCACAUUCCCUUCUGGGCAACCUUUUGAGGGCCACGUUCUUGUGGUGGGUGGGGCAAAAGGCAAAAGUGGGUGGAGCUAGUUU